GUAAACACACUACUUUGAUUCUGACAAGUCAACUCCCUGGACCAAGCUUCGCUGGGCUUCUUCCACCCGCAGUGGCACAACCCGCCCAACCAAUCUUUGCUCUGCCGCAUAAAACACCACACACCCUCCCAUUUAUUUUGUUGGGAAUCCGUAAAUUCACUUAACUCGUUAGCGCCUGAGGCCGCAGCGUUGCGGGGGCCUCGCAAAAAAUGCCCAGCAACGAUCCAUUCUACUUGAUUCGUCAGGAAAUCCAGGACUCGGUAAAUGAGCUACAACAACGCAUGUCGCGCUUCCACGGGUUGACAGCGACCAACCCGGAGCGCAAGAAGAUUGCGCAAACCGUGGAGGAGGGGUGCGGCUCGUUGUCGUGGCAGCUGAAUGAGCUGGACACGGCGGUGGACCGGGCAUCGGAGAACCCACAGCGCUUCAACCUGACGCCAGAGGAGCUAAGCAGCCGCCGGCGAUGGAUCACCAACACGCGACGGCAACUGGACGGCAUGAAGGACACGCUGCGCACCGCCACGGCGCCGGCGCCCGCGGUGUCGGCGGCGGAGAGCAAGGCGAUCGCGCAGAACGACAAGUUCCUGACGGGGCAGUACGAGUCGCAGCAGCUCGUGAUGAAGCGCCAGGACCAGGACCUGGAGGACAUCGAGCAGGCCGUCAUCCGCAUCGGGCGGCAGGGGCGGGAGAUCGGGAACGAGCUGGCGGAGCAGGAGCGCAUGCUGGACGAGCUGGACCAGGACGUGGACACCACCCACAGCCGGCUCAAGGCGGCGCAGAAGAAGAUGCAGGAGCUCAUCCGCAAGAGCGGCUCCAACACGCAGCUGGUGCUCAUCGUGGUGCUCAUAGUCAUUCUCGUGUUGCUCGCCACGUUCGCCUUCAUGUGAGCAGCUCCACCUCGGGUGGGGAUGGCCGCAACCAAGCGCCAAGCCUGACCCACGUCAUGAGGAGAGCCUUGGCGGGACCAUGGUGGGGGUGCUGGUGUUUGCGGCCCUUGCGGCCGGCCGGAGCAUGUGGUCCGGACUGGAAGGGGGCGCGAGCCUGCUAGCGGGAGCCUGCACUGUGUAGUGGAUACGUGUGACUGGAGCAGUGGGCGGUGCUAAGGUGACUGCGGAGUCCUGUGUGUGUCCAGGACUGCAAGCAAUGGAAGGACCUCGUGUAUUUAGGUUGACAAAGGAAGGUGUCGAACACCGUGCAUGCGAGCGUGCAACGAGCCGACGGUAAAGCAUGACUAGGCAGGACCAUGCAGCAAGAGCCGUGGUGCGUGGCGAUUAGUGCGGCAUGCGGCCAAAUUGGGCAUCUGUCCUCCGGCGAUUGUUGCCACACUGCACAGGGCACGACUUGUGUGUAUGCGGGUGCAAUGGAUCCGGCCACGCCCCGGGGAUGCAGGCACGCGGGAAGCAGACUCGAUCGUCCUUGAACGCAGUAUGUAGAGGUUACAGACGAGAGUCACGAGACGUGAAGUAACGGUUACGGACAUUACCGUCUGUUCUCACGGAGGUAAAAGCCAGCGAU